AUUGCCUGUCAUACAUCGUCUCUCCGGUAUAAAUGAAAGUGAAGAUGGGCUACAUAUUUCAAUCAGUACUAUGUUCACGAAACGCUGAUAGAACAGGCAUGUUGUUUAAUUAAAAUUUGCCGGCAGAAGAUGUAUAAAAGCCUUAUCGCGACAUAUAGACAUAUAGACAUAUGUGUGAGUGUGAAUAAUGCUGACAAUUAAUUACGGACAAGCAAUUGUUGUGAAUUGCGUUUAACUCGGUUAGUGACGAAGUAAAUGAACAGCUUUUCGUCUUUAGUCAUGUUUCGUUUCUCUGUUGUUUAGCUCGUCUCGCUGUUUAAAAACGAUAAAAGUGAAAAUUAGCAGUAUUUGACUUGCGCAUUUUAAGUGAAAAUUUGUCGAAUUUGAAAGUGCAAUUUUCAGAUUGGUUGGACCUUUGGCAAAUAAACGGAAAAACACGGAAAACACGUGUGUAUUAGGAUUCGCUUAAAUAUAAAUCGUGUUCCGCAUAUUUUCGCAAAAAGAGAUAAAACGAAAAUUUGCGAGCAAUUAUUUACGGAGUAUUUUACGGCCUUCCGCUAAUCGUCUUUGAAACAAGCGCGAUGAAUUACGAUAUCCUUCGCAACUUGCAAAUGCCUUAUCUGCAGGCGAUUCAAAGAAUUCCGGGCAACACAGCCAGCAACAAGCUGGAGAGGAUCGGAAAAUUAGCUUCGAACGAGCCAGUUGACUUUAGAGACUUCGAACUAUUGGCUUCUCCAGAAUUGCUGCCUUUAUUGCAAGUGGAAACCGCUGUGAAAAAUAAGCGACACGAGGAUAUAACAUCGGCUCUGAUAUCCGGCGAUUCGACAAUCGUGUGUCGAGCUUUAAAAGCUUCUUGGUUUUUUGAUGGCAAUCACACAAUUAUCAACGUCGCAUACUUUUGCAAACGUAUCUUCCCUUUCGUUUCUCUGCGCACGAGAGUUUGUAUAGUGAAGACACUUGCACGCCGAAUGAAGAAUCCGGUGUUCGCGAAGGAAAUGUUCACGGCAGUAGCAGCCACUUUCGGUGUUAAAAACGCUUUACCAUUAAUCGUGGCUUGUGAUGAGAAUUUCACUCAUGAAUUUGUAAUGCAGAAGAUUAUGCUGCCCGGCAAUAUUUUAAAAAAAGUAUUUGAUAAAAAUUUUAAACUCGGAGUUAAGUUUCUUAAAUCGUUUAUUCUAGAUUGCAAACAAUACGAAGUUAGCAACACGCUUGUUGAUAUGAAAUAUCAACUCGGUAUCAUUCAAACUUAUAGGCCUUUUCUCGUUAAAUUAGCGAAAAAGUGUCCAACAGAAUUCGUAAAUAUAGUCGAUUCGCUCAACUUUUGUCUAGAAAUCGUUUUAAGUAACAAAAGUGCCGAUCAAUUUCUAAGAAAAGCGCUAAACGCCGUGGCUAAGAAGCCACAUUUAUACGUACCCAUUUUACCUCCUAAAACAAUAACCGCGAAACGAAUAGAAGUGAUAUUUCCAAAUUUAAUGAAUCAAAAUCGGGAAAAUUUUUGUGUUGAUAAAUUUCUCGGCUACUUAAAAAACUAUCCGGAGGAUAAAAGGCUCGCGCUGCUGUGUGAAACAUAUAAGAACAUUUAUCAAUGUGAGCUUCUUCACAAUAUACAAAAUGUGACUCCCACAUUAUUACAAUUAUUGCCUACCAAGAAAAGGAUUGCAAUUGUUAGAAGACUAAUGAAGACUACUACUCCUCAUAGUGCGAUGGAUUACGAGAAAGCUUGGCUUUGUUAUUUUCCUGUUAAGAGAGUGCGCGUGAUUAUUACAUUUAAAAUGCGUCAAGCUUCAUCUUGGGAAAGCAGACUUGCUUAUAUUUUGCAAAUGAUAUAUAAUUGCAAGGUUAACAAGGACGAAGAAGCGUUAUACAAUACUUUAACGUACAUUAUAGACUAUGUUAAAAGCAACAAUAUUAAAAUAUACGAAAAAAUGUUACAUCAUGUUUCACAAAUUUGUGAAAUACCACGUUUAAGCGAAAGGAAUGGUAACCUUGUUUUUCGCAUUAUACAAUCAUUUUACGUAAAAUAUGGAUAUGUGGAACCAAAAAUACUCGAAGAUAUGGUGCAUUUCAGACUUAUUCACAAUAGGCCAAUCCUGGAUCUGAUUGAAAUGUUACUAGUAACAAAUGAUUAUAAGUCCAUAAAAUUUAAUUUGAUCACAGACAAUCCACAAUACGAGAGGACAUGCCUCAUAAAUUUUUUAAACCUCAUUGACGAAUAUUAUAUAAAUUGGGAUGAAGAAGAGGAACAAGAAGAAGAGGAAGAAGAAGAAGAGGAAGAAGAGGAACAAGAAGAAGAGGAAGAAGAAAAUCAAGCAGAAGAACAAGAAGAACAGCAGGAGGAUGAAAAUCAAGCAGAGAAACAAGAAGAACAGCAGGAGGAUAAAAUAGAAGAAAAAAAAGAAAGGAAUGAAAAAUCUGAAUUGUGUCGGUUUAUAAUAGCAAUGUAUUGUUUCAACGAUAGAUACAAAAAUGUAUAUAGCAAGAUAAAUCGUUUAACAAUUUUAAAACAUUAUUGGAUAAUGGAUGCUUUUUACUUAAUGGAAUUGAACGCUCAUAUACAUGUACCGUUUCGGAAAGAAGCAUGGAAUGCACUGCGUAGGCAUGAGCCAGAAUUGUAUCGCUCUUGGUUGUUGUCAAAAAAAUUGACGAAUUUGACGAUCGCGAAUGUAACAUCGGGCGAAGCGCUUUGUUUAUUGAAGGAAAAUUUUCAGAAAGUGCUGGACGAUUGGGAAAAAUAUUUGAUAGAUUGCCAAAAGAAUUAUCUUUUAAAACACGUGCAACAUUUUGUUAGAGCCACACGUUGGUACAAGGAUAUUCCUAUUAAAUUUGCCAAGCGUUGCAUAAAUGACUUAUAUACAAGGGAUGCAACGAAAAUGUCACCUGCCUUGAUUAUCUUGAGUAUUUUACUUCACGGCAAUACGAUGAUAAAACUGAUAAAUAUUAAUGAUUUUGAUGCUACGAAUAAUCACGCGCUCGAAUCUGCUAUUAGCUUGAGUAUGAAAUUUUCCAAUCCGCCGGUGCCUCUCAGUCUUGUUGGUAAAUUAUUCGUUGGAGCCUAUCCGUCAACAGCGUUAUUGACAUUGGCAAAUGUAAGCAAGCGAUGCUCCAUGUCGGAAGUGAUGCUGUUCGCCAAAAAUGUAUCGACUUUUCAUGCUGAUGUGCAAAAAUUCUGGAUCAAGUUGAUGAACUUAGCCCCAACGCGCGAUUUAGUGGAUUUUCUCCACAAAAUGUGGACGACCGAGCGUGAUUCUGCUGUUCGAGUGCAUUUAUAUGAUGCGAUUCUGAGAUUAUUUUGCGAAAGACCAGGACUCGACACCUCGUCUCUGUUUCGCGAAGUCAACAUGACGUUGACUCUGGAGGACAAUGUGCUGCUUGAGAAAAUAAACUUGCAUCCCAAAUCCCGACGUUCCCAAUGAAUAUCUCGAGAGAUAUUUUAACAUAUGGUUCGACGCGGUAGGGAAUCGUAGUGAGAUGGGUUUAGAACUAAACUUUUAACUAAACACAUUGAUAUUUGUUUAACAGAAUUUGAUCGUUACAUUGAUGCUUUGUCCGUGGAUUAUAUUGAGAAUGUAUUUCGAAAUUUUUUAUUUCACGUUGAUGUCGAUACAUGUCGAUCAAUGAGACGUUUCGCGAUCCCGUAUCUUAUAUCUUCGGCUAAUUAUCAGACAUAUCUCAAAGUAAUUACCAAUAUUCUUCCCAAGACAGUAAUGAGUCGCUGGAAUGUAUCUCAUCCUCGAAUAUCACACUUUUCUCUUUUGAAUAACACUGUACAUUUUUUUUUUCUACGAUUUAAUUAUUUCUUACUUGACAUCCAAAAAAGCCUUCUCUGAUUCACGAAUACUUGACGAUUUACUCAACAUAUUUCCAUCGGUUUUAUUACCUGUGCAGAAUGCAAAAUCUUAUUUGUUAUUAAUAUAUGCAAAAACGCUAGUGAGUUGCAAAGGGAUGGAACCAUUCAUAGAAUUUUACUUUGGCCUGAAACUUGGUCGACAAAUGCCAAUGUUAAUUUCUACCUUCUCAUCGUAUUUAAUACCGUUUAUUGUCAAUGUUCUUCAGUAUUUUUUAACAGAUAUUUCCAAAACUUAUAUGUUUGCUACAAACAGUAUUAUAUCAGGCCUCAUAGAUGUUAACAAUGUGGAUUCAGCUGUUAUGGCGACAAUGUUGUUAUCAACAAAAUACUGAAGAAUAUGACUAUUUGCUGGCUAAAUUAACUAAAACUUUUCCGGACAACAAUAUUAUCGCAACUAUAUUAAACAAUGAUAAGAACAAAAGAGAGAUUUAAUGAUAUCAUUGAAAAUAAAUUGACUGAUAUUAGUUUAGAAUUCGCGACAAAUGAGUUCGAUUUGCCUAUAUUUUAAAAUAGUAUACAAUGAUAAUUGAUAAUUUAUAUAUCUUUUUUUA